UUGGCUCUUCGGGGCCCCCCUGGUCCCAUGGGAUACACCGGCCGCCCUGGACCCAUGGGGCAACCUGGCAGCACUGGGAUAAAGGGAGAAUCUGGCGACUUCGGCCCCCAGGGACCACGAGGUCCCCAAGGCCUCAUGGGACCGCCUGGAAAACCGGGUCGGAGGGGCCGACCGGGAGCUGAUGGAGCGCGGGGAAUGCCGGGGGAUCCUGGUGUUAAGGGCGACCGUGGCUUCGAUUGGUUGCCCUCAAGCCCUGUUUGCUUUGGAAUGCCAUAGGGUGAGGCGGGAUCGCAGGGAAUGCCGGGCCCCCCCGGUGAGGAUGGAGACAGGGUGAGUGAUUCCCAAAGUGGGAACAACACCCCAUCUGCCCCAUAGGGACCCAGAGGGCUGCUUGGUCCCAAAGGACCCCCCGGCAUUCCCGGCCCCCCGGGCGUCCGCGGCAUGGAUGGACCUGUGGGUCCCAAAGGGAACGUGGGACCUCAAGGAGAACCAGGACCCCCUGGUCAGCAGGGGACCCCUGGCACCCAGGGUCUACCAGGACCUCAAGGUGCUACAGGACCUCCUGGAGACAAGGGUCACCCUGGCAAGGAGGGACCCCCUGGUUCUAAAGGCCACCAGGGUCCUUCAGGUCCUCAAGGACCCAUCGGCUACACCCGGCCACAGGGGGUCGAUGGCAUCCGAGGGCUCAAAGGACACAAGGGCGAGAAGGGUGAAGAAGGCUUCCCCGGCUUCAAGGGGGACAUGGGGGUCAAAGGAGACCGGGGUGAAGUUGGGGUUCCUGGAUCCAGGGGUGAAGAUGGACCUGAAGGCCCCAAAGGCCGCACGGGCCCCACUGGUGACCCCGGACCCAUUGGGUUGGUGGGAGAGAAGGGAAAACUGGGAGUUCCAGGGCUUCCCGGUUAUCCAGGACGUCAAGGUCCAAAGGGAUCCCAGGGAUUCCCAGGAUUCCCAGGCAGCAACGGCGAGAAGGGGGCACGGGGUCUAUCAGGCAAAUCAGGGCCAAGGGGUGAACGUGGCCCUACGGGGCCAAGGGGACAACGGGGACCACGAGGAGCCACCGGGAAGUCGGGAGCCAAGGGUACAUCAGGCAGCGAUGGGCCCCAUGGCCCCAUAGGAGAGCGGGGUCUACCAGGACCUCAAGGACCCAACGGCUUCCCAGGACCCAAAGGCCCCCCUGGCCCCCCUGGCAAGGAUGGUCUCCCCGGGCAUCCUGGACAGCGAGGGGAAGUGGGAUUCCAAGGGAAAACUGGUCCCCCGGGACCUCCGGGCGUGGUGGGCCCUCAGGGAGCCGCGGGCGAGUCCGGGCCCAUGGGAGAACGUGGCCACCCCGGGCCCCCCGGACCCCCGGGAGAACAAGGACUUCCAGGUCCAGCCGGCAAGGAAGGCACCAAGGGUGAUCCUGGCCCCACGGGCUCCCCCGGCAAGGAUGGUCCAGCGGGAUUGAGGGGGUUUCCUGGAGAACGGGGGCUUCCCGGGACUGCGGGCGGCCCAGGGCUGAAGGGCAACGAGGGUCCCGCGGGCCCCCCCGGACCUGCUGGUCCGGCCGGACCCCCUGGAGGGGCAGGAGAGGAUGGAGACAAGGGUGAAGUGGGGGAUCCCGGCUCAAAGGGCACCAAAGGCACCAAAGGCGAGCACGGACCUCCGGGGCCUCCUGGACCCAUUGGAGCAGUUGGACAACCUGGAGCAGGAGCUGAUGGGGAACCGGGAGCCCGAGGACCUCAAGGACACUUUGGAGCUAAAGGGGACGAGGGGACACGUGGCUUCAAUGGACCCCCAGGUCCUAUUGGGCUUCAGGGUCUACCAGGUCCUGCUGGUGAGAAGGGGGAGACGGGCGAUGUGGGGCCCAUGGGUCCCCCUGGACCUCCAGGUCCUCGUGGUCCUGCUGCUGAGGGACCACAAGGACCUCCUGGUGGCGUCGGGAAUCUGGGGCCUCCUGGGGAGAAGGGUGAUCCUGGAGAAUCGGGAGCUCCAGGAAUCCAAGGAGAGCCUGGAACCAAGGGACCAAGAGGGGAGCGAGGGGAGAAGGGAGAAGCUGGACCGCCGGCCGCCGCCGGCGCCGCUGGACCUCCUGGUGGGAAAGGUCCCCCUGGAGAUGAUGGACCCAAAGGCAACCCCGGUCCUGUUGGCUUCCCAGGAGAUCCUGGACCUCCGGGUGAGAUGGGUCCAAGGGGUCAGGACGGUGCCAAAGGGGAGCGUGGGGAGGAUGGAGAACCUGGAGAGCCGGGUUCCCCAGGUCCAACGGGGGAGAAUGGUCCUCCCGGUCCUCUCGGGAAGCGGGGUCCAGCAGGUUCUCCUGGUCCUGAAGGACGUCAGGGUGAGAAGGGAGCGAAGGGAGAACCAGGAGCAACAGGUGCUCCAGGCAAGACGGGUCCGGUGGGACCUCAAGGUCUUGGUGGGAAACAGGGUCCUGAUGGUCUCAGAGGGCUUCCUGGCUCUGUGGGAGAACAAGGCAAACCAGGGACCACAGGCCAAGCUGGACCACCAGGACCAGUGGGUCCUCCAGGGCUCCCUGGCCUCAAAGGGGACACCGGGGCCAAAGGAGAGAAGGGCCACCCUGGUCUCAUUGGCUUGAUUGGACCUCCUGGAGAACAGGGGGACAAGGGCGACCGGGGCCUCCCUGGUCCCCAGGGAUCUAUGGGGCAGAAAGGAGAAACUGGGAUCCCUGGUGCUACUGGACCCAUUGGCCCCACUGGUCCCCCUGGACUCCCUGGUCCAGCUGGUCCCAAAGGUGCCAAAGGAGCCAUGGGCCAAGCAGGACCCAAAGGAGAACGUGGACCUCCAGGACCCCCCGGCCACCCCGGUCCUCCUGGAGAAGUCAUCCAGCCCCUUCCCCUCCAAGUGGCCAAGAAGUCCAAGCGCUCCAUUGAUGCCAGCGAGCCCAUGGAUGAGGCUGGGGAGGAGAUGGAACGGUGGACAAAAGCCAAUACCAUGGAGGAGAUCUUCGGGUCCCUCCACUCCCUCAAGCAGGAGAUCGAAGGCUUGAGGCGCCCAAUGGGGACACGGGACAACCCAGCCCGCACGUGCCAGGACCUUCAGCUCAGCCACCCAGGGCUCCCUGAUGGUCACUAUUGGGUCGAUCCCAACCAAGGUUGUGCCCGAGAUGCCUUCAAGGUCUUGUGCAGGUUCCGGAUGGGAGCAGAGACCUGUGUCUUCCCCAGCAAGGAGGUCUGGGAUGAGAAGAAGGUGGCCCAAGGACAGUCCAAUCAAGCCAAGGAGGACAAUAGGAACGUCACCUUCCGCUGUGCCGGGAAUGCCGCCAAGGCCAGGAAUAGCAUCCGCUUCCUGGCGGCCAAUGAGGAGGAGCUUGGGGCCACCAGCCCCUACGUCAAGGUGGUGAUGGAUGGUUGUGGGGUGAAGUCGGGCUCCGGGCGGAUGGUGCUGGAGGUUCUCACCCCCCACCCAGAGCAUCUCCCGCUCCGGGAUCUCCUGGACAUGGAACGAGGUGGCCUCGAGGUGGGCCCGGCCUGUUUCCUGGGCUGA